ACAUGGAAGGACAUUUAUAAAUUAAAACUCAUAAACAUAAACUCAUAAGAAAUAUCAUUGAUGAGAUUAGAUCGGCAAUGAGUCUUUUCUAACAUUAGAACGACGACUUGUCGACUGAUUGACUGGCCGUGACCACGAGACAUCCUCAAGAGGAAAGAGGACAGACUUAUAUAUAUAUAUAUAUAUAUAAUGUUCUUGUAUACUCUCUCUCUCUCUCUUUUUUUGCGUACUCUUUCUCCUUUUUUUUAAGGGACAAGCUAUAAACUACGAGGGACACUGUUAUCGUUAAUAUACACUUACUCUUUUCAUUACAGUAUUGUCCUCUCUCUCUCUCUCUCUCUCUUUUCCUCUCUUUCUAUUUAUGUAUCUAUCUAUAUAUCUCCCUCUCCUUCUUCCUCUUUCUCCCUCUCUUUCUGUCUUUUUCGAUGAGCACGCGUGGCUUGCCGUACCGUUCUGUAACUGUUAAAAGGUGUGCCACCGAUACACGAUUAGUUCUUGCCAAAGGUCGCUGCCGGUAGGACCCUCUGCUAGGAUUCGCGAGAAUACUUUUUUUUUUCUUUCUUUCUUUCUCUUAUUCACUUUCAUUCCUCAUCGAAAAUCACAAUCGAAAAGGUAUACACUAGUACAUUCUCAAGUAGAACCGGUUUAAUGGAAGAGGAAGAAAAGGACGUAAAAAGUGAAGUUGUGGAGAGCGAAGAGGUUACAGAAAAUGGAAGUACAAAUGGUGGAGAGAUUGAGGCAAACGGCGGGAAAAAUGACGGGGGUGACAACGACACGUUCGAGGAUGACUCCACCUUCGCCCUUAAGGGUAUGGAAUAUACGCAAACAGGAAGGAAGACCAGUAUUUUCAAGUACUAUGCGUUUAAGGAGAAAGAAACGAUGCCAAACAUAACGAAGAAACAGGGUCCGCUGAUCGGUGUAAUAGAUGUUGGUACACGAACAGUACGAUUUGUGGUUUUCAAUGCGAAGCAUAUAACUGAAGUAGCUUCUCAUCAGAUCGAUAUUGAACAAUUGAGCCCAUUGGAAGGAUGGCUGGAAGUCGAUCCGAAAGAAGUACUUUUCGCUGUGAAGGCAUGCAUCAAAGACGUCAUAAAAAGGUUUGAAUCGCUCAAUCUAAAGGUACAAGACAUCGUCACGAUCGGUAUGACAAAUCAGAGAGAAACUGUUAUAGCGUGGGAUGAAAUGACUGGUGAACCGUAUUACAACGCUAUAGUGUGGUCUGAUAUCAGAACCGUUGGUAUCGUCGAUCAGAUCAUUGCCAAGUUCCCAGACAAAAGUAAAAACCAUCUGAAGCCACUUUGUGGUUUGCCGGUCAGCCCUUUUUUCUCUGCUUUAAAAAUUCGAUGGUUGAAAGAUAACGUACCGGCUGUUAGAAAAGCAAUACGAGAUAAACGUUGCAAAGUCGGUACGAUGGACACGUGGAUCCUUUGGAACUUAACCGGUGGUAAGAAUGGUGGACUCUACAUAACGGAUGUCACGAAUGCCUCGAGAACCAUGCUGAUGAACAUCGAGACUCUUUCGUGGGAUCCGACAUUAUGCAGAUACUUUGACAUUCCUAUGCAAAUUUUACCUGAUAUUAAGAGCAGUUCGGAGAUUUAUGGUAAAAUCGCGAUCGGUCCUUUAAGGGGUAUUCCUGUAUCGGGCAUUCUUGGUAACCAACAAUCGGCAUUGGUAGGACAAAAUUGUUUGAAACAGGGUCAAGCUAAAAACACUUAUAGAAGUGGAUGUUUUUUAUUAUGUAAUACAGGAACUAAGAGAGUGUAUUCUUCUCAUGGUUUAGUUACCACAGUUGCAUAUCAAUUGGGUCCAAACAGUCCUGCUGUUUAUGCAUUGGAAGGUUCAGUGGCAGUAGCCGGAGCUGCUAUUAAAUGGUUAAGAGACAAUAUGAAACUCAUCAAGGAUAUUCACGAGUCCGAACAUUUGGCACAAAGUGUUUUUAGUACCGGCGAUGUUUAUUUUGUACCAGCUUUCACAGGACUUUAUGCUCCUUAUUGGAGAAAAGAUGCUAGAGGAAUAAUAUGUGGCCUGACGGCUUUUACUACGAAACAGCACAUUAUAAGAGCGUGUCUCGAAGCAGUAUGCUUUCAAACGAGAGAUAUUUUAGAAGCAAUGUAUAAGGAUUGCGGUUUUCCAUUAAAAAAAUUAAAUACCGAUGGUAAAAUGUCGACGAAUAAUCUCCUUAUGCAGUUACAGGCAGACCUUUGUGGUACACCAGUAUUUAGAUCCACUCUACCGGAUAUGACAGCAUUGGGUGUAGCAAUGGCUGCUGGUCAUGCAGAAGGAAUAGAUGUAUGGGAAUUUGAAGGUGAAGAAGUUGAAAGAGUUCCAACGGAUACGUUUUUACCAACUACAACACCUGAGGAGAGAGAUGCUAGAUAUAAAAAAUGGAAAAUGGCGGUUGAAAGAAGUUUGGGUUGGGUAUCUGUUAAGAAGUCUGAUCAAAUGACAGAUGAAAGAUAUUGCGUCUUAGCCUCUAUACCUGGCAGUUGGUUCUUAAUGACGAGCUUUAUACUACUAAGGUUAAGCCAAUAUUUAGAAAAUCGGUGACACCACGGGUAUGUCACUGCAGUGAUUCUCGAAAUAGACGGCAGAUAGCCUAAUUAUAAUUUUGAACGACAUUUAGGAAGAUGACUGAGAGAGCUCGGUUAUCGAUAUAGAAAAGCAGUCAGUCAUAUUGGUAAGGGAUAACGAGGUUACAAAUGAUUAGAAAUGACUUAUUUUUCUGCAUUACAGCUGUAUAUUACAAAGCUGUUAUAAAGUGAAGAUACGAUUAAUGGAAAUGGAACAGGGAAUAGAAAAUAAACGAAGUGACACAACAUUUUGAUAGAACCUUUGACGUUUUAUCUAGAAAAAAAAUAGAAAAGAAAAGAAAACGAAAAAAAAAAGAUAAAAAAGAAGAACAAGUAAAUCUUCGAAAAAUUCCAAAGUUUCGAUUCCACGAUAAAUCGUAUAUAAAUAAUUAUAACAAUAAUUUGCCAGUAAAGCGCAUCAUAUCGUACUCUUGCCAAUAAUUCAAAAAAAAAAAAAGAAAAAAAAGAAAAAAAAAGAAAAAAGAAAAAAAAAAUAAUGGGGAUUUAUAACUGCCUAUCAUCCAUUAGAUUUACGUUUGGAAGGAACAAUCGCAAAUUUUCUGUUAUUUUUAACGAGAUAAGGUUACAACAUCCAAAGCAUUCAUCAUUUACAUUUGUACAAGCUGCAAUAAUACGUUAAAGAUAGUUCAAAGCCGAUUAUUUUCUACGUAAUAUGAUGUAAUAUAAUUUUAUUUCUUAUUUAUAUUCAUCGUCAAUUCGAAUAAAUUUAUUAUUUCCCGAAAUCGACCGAAAUGUAAAAUGUACAGCGAAAAUAUAAAAAUAUAUAUAUUUCUCUCGGUUUAUAUCGGCAAUAUAAAUCUGUAUCUUUAUCCUUUUCCCUGUUCGCUUAUAUCGAACCAGAUAGCUUUUUUGUGUCUCCUUUUUUUUUGUACAAAUUCCUAUAAAACGAUAAAACAAUAAAAGGAUAUAUUAAAAAGGGGGAUGAAAUUGAAUAGCGGAAAAAGAAUCUAUUUCGCAAAAGUUGAUAGAACGAAACGACGCGGGUAACGAAGAUACGCGAUUCGAAAGAAGCGCGUUAGAAGGACUAGUGGCGCCAGAUGCGCGCGCAUCGUUGCGGCGGUCGAUCGAAAUAAUGCCGCGAGUCGAAAGGCAGCAGCACAAGUAGCGGCGGCGGCGGCAGCGGCAGCAGCAGCAGCAGGAGCAGCAGCAGCAGCACUAUCAGCAACAUCGGCAGCAGCAGAAGCAGAAGAAGCACGCACGCACGGACGCACGGACGCAUGAUGCCGUGUCAGUGUCGAUUUUCGUCGUGUUACCGUUGUUAUAUCGUGUUCGUUCGUAAUUAUACGUGACUCUUUCUCUUUCCAAUAAUUUUCAUUGUCCACCGGAACGUGAGCUAUAACGAAAUAUAUAAUGCGGUAUAGUAGGACAUUACGGUGGUUAAUCUCGUGGGAAAGAAGAACUUUCGUGAAGAAGGAAGAAGGUACUAGUGGUAGUAAACUAUUCGUCUUCGCGUCCUACCGUUGAAGGAGAGAACGAGUUAUAUAGAUAGAUAGAUAGAGAUAGAGAGAGAGAGAGAGAGAGAGAGAGAGAGAGAGAGAGAGAA